AGAGUUACGCCUUGAUGAAGGCGAAACUGGGUCCCUCCAUUUAAACUGCUGCCUGCCGGCGAGAAUUGAGACGUUUUCUUCAUCGUAAGUUCGCCGGUGAAGAUUCUACCGUCUAUCCAAUCAAUCCAAUUUCGCUAUCAAUCUCUUAUAUAUGUCUCAAAUGGAUGUAUUGAAUGGAUUGGAGGAUGCGAAUCUCGGUUCUAACGUUCCUGAUUCAGCAGUUUCCUCCGCGAUUACGACAGAUUCGGAUGAUUCCUCUGUUGAUCACGUGAACGCGGAUCCCGAGGUUGGAGAGAACGCUGAUGAUGCUGAUUCGAAGAUGAUUGGUGAAUCUGUAAAGGUGAUUCAUCCUCAUUCGGAGCUACCGAAGCCGGAGGCACCUUCCGGUGCAAUACAGGUUCUGUCUGAAGCUUUUAAUAGGUCUAAAUCUAUGCCGGAGAAAACAUCAAUUGAUAUGCAGUUGGUUGGGAAGUUUUUUCGUGAGAAGAAGAAUAGCUUCUCUGCGGCGAUUGCGAAACGGCUUUUGUCAGGAGAUGAGGAGGAGGAGAUGAAAACAUCGAAAUAUAAUUCGAAUUUGAUUCAGAGUGUUACAGAGUUUCAUCUCUCAGGGCUUAAAGUUAUCGUCAAGGUUAAGAAUGGAAGCGAGAUUGAAGGUCUAAAAGGACGAAUAAGCUUUUUCUCGAGAUCAAACUGCCGUGACUGUAGUGCUGUUCGUUCAUUUCUCAUGGAGAAAGGUUUGAAGUUCGUUGAGAUUAACAUUGAUGUUUAUCCGAUUAGAGAAAAAGAACUGGUGAAGAGGACGGGAAAUUCUGCAGUUCCACAGAUAUUCUUAAACGAGAAACUGUUAGGUGGACUCGUUGUGUUGAAUUCGCUUAGGAACAGCGGUUUGUUCGAGCAGAAAUUGAAAGAUAUACUCUGCCGGAAGUGUCCCGAUGAUGCACCUGCGCCGCCGGUGUACGGUUUCGAUGAUCCUGAUGACGAACGGCUUGAUGAGAUGGUAGCGAUCGUGAGGGUUCUAAGACAGAAACUACCGAUUCAAGAUCGUUUGAUGAAGAUGAAGAUCGUUAAGAACUGCUUCGCCGGCGCCGAGAUGGUGGAUGUCAUGAUUCAAAACUUCGACUGCGAACGGAAAGAGGCUGUUGAGAUUGGGAAGAAGCUGGCCAGGAAGCAUUUCAUCCAUCAUGUCUUUGGGGGAAACGAAUUUGAAGAUGGAAACCAUUGCUACAGAUUUUUGGAACACGAGUCAUUUAUUUUAAAAUGCUUUAAUCACCGAGGAGUUCCAAAUGACUUCGAGCCAAAGUCUGCAGCUUCUGUUAGCUCUAAACUCACUAAGAUAAUGUGGGCAAUACUGGAAUCAUAUGCCUCUGAAGAUAGGCAUCAUCUCGAUUACAUGGGCAUCAGCAACAGCGAAGAAUUUAGAAGAUAUGUGAAUUUGGUACAAGAUCUUCAAAGGAUGAAUAUUGGAGAACUUUUAGAAGAAGAAAGAUUGGCUUUCUUCCUGAACCUUUACAAUGCAAUGGUAAUUCAUGCAGUAAUAAGGGUUGGACCCCCUGGGGAAGGAGUUAUUGAUAGGAGAUCAUUCUUCUCAGAUUUUCAGUAUGUAGUUGGAGGCUAUUCUUAUUCGUUGAGUACAAUUAAGAAUGGUAUUCUCCGAGGCAAUAAGAGACCACCAUAUGCCUUGACCAAGCCUUUUGGAUCUGGUGACAAACGUCUAGAGCUUGCAUUACCAAAAUCAAAUCCAAUGAUCCAUUUUGGUAUUUGUGACGGGACAAGAUCAAGCCCAAAAGUGAGAUUCUAUACCAACAAAGGGGUUGAAUCAGAACUAAGAUAUGCAGCAAGAGAGUUUUUCCAAAAGAACGGAGUCGAGGUAGAUUUGGCAAAAAGGACAAUCUACAUGACAAGGAUCAUUAACUGGUUUGAUGCUGAUUUUGGAGCAGAAAAGGAGAUGUUGAAAUGGUUGAUGAAUUACUUGGAUUCUACAAAAGCAGGUCUUUUAUCUCAUCUUUUGGGUGAUGGUGGCCCGAUUCAUAUUGCUUAUCAGCCUUAUGAUUGGUCCGUUAAUUCAUGAAUUUGUCUUCAGUCAUCAAUCCUCGAUUUCUUUCUUUUUGUACAUAAUGAUAUACUAGUGUGUGUUUGUGAACUUACUAUUGAUAAUACACAAUACUAUACAUCAUUAGUAGUAGUAGUUAAACUUUGAAACAGCAUGUGGUGUGCUUAUUAUGAUUGUUUAGCAUUUAUGUAAUAGACACCCUCUUUUUCUUUAUAAAUUGAGGGUAAAGUCCUUCAAGUCA